AAUCAGCUGACAGGGACGUCAGCGCAGCACCGGAAGUGGGGCAGAGGGGAGAAAAAAAAUCAGCUGACAGGGACGUCAGCGCAGCACCGGAAGUGGGGCUUGUUGUGUAACACGGAAGUAGUGAAUUACUGUGAAUCCCUUUGCGAAGCUUGUCGUCGUUAUCCGUCAUAAACACUGACGGGGAUGUAGUCGGGAAAUGAAGCUGUGCUUAUGAUUUUUGGAGAGUUUGUUUGCUAAAAAAAAAAAAAAAAGAAAUUGUGCCUACUUUGUGCCAUAUGUUACAGUAAUGGUGAUGUGGUGUCAUAGCCCAGGACUGAGGAGAUAAGAAGCUGCACCAGAAGAGGCAGUGACCGCGAAGACAGGACGACGAUGGCGGAUGAGACGUUAUUCGCGUUGUUACAUAUGGAGAUGAUCUCUCAUGCUCAUAAGAGCGCCGUGCAGGAUGAUGAGGAUCAAGGAAAACAUAUACGGAUCUUGGAAGGAAUGGGUUUCCGCGUGGGUCAAGGACUAAUUGAAAGACUGACAAAGGACAGCCCAUCUUUCAAGGAUGACCUGGAUACUGUUAAAUUUAUUUGUAAAGAUUUUUGGACCAUCGUAUUUAAGAAGCAGAUUGAUAACCUGAGAACAAACCAUCAGGGUACAUAUGUUUUACAAGACAACAGAUUUCUGCUGCUGACUCAGAUUUCCUGCAGUAAACAAUAUCUAGAGGAAGCACCAAAGUUUCUGGCUUACACCUGUGGACUCAUCAAAGGUGCGCUCUCAAAUUUAGGAGUCAGUUGCACUGUCUCUGCUGAGGUUCCAGUGAUGCCUACGUGUAAAUUUCAAGUAGUCGUUUCUAAAAACUAAAGAAAUAACAUCUGGAACUCUUAUGAAGUCAGGAAUCGUGUUUAAUGCUAAACACAAAGUAUUGAAGAAACCAGCAAUAUUAGCUAUGCAACAUGUUUUACAAAUUGCAAAUAUGCUGUUACAACAUGUAGCCUUUCCUUAUACCGUACCACAUGGUAAAUCUUACAAAUUGCACUUUGUUGCCCAUUUUUCAUGAAUCCACAGUAAAUGUUCUUGUUACCCAUCACCCGUUCUGUGGAAUAAUGCUUUGUUAACUUAGGCUGCAUUCACACCACGUUUUUGCUAUACAGUUCCGGUAUCAGGUUUUUGAUGAAAAACUGAUUCCUCAAAACCUGACUAAACUGUAUGAAAACGUGUGUACAAAUUUUAAUCCGUAUACAGUUAAAAACCGUAUACGGUUUAAAAAAUGAUGUCCGGUUGCAUCCAUUUUUAAGAAAAAAAAAAGCAUACGUUUUUAACUUUUCACUCCAUUAUGAAUAAAGUUUCACUUGUUUGAUUGAAAUUCCAAGAAACAAACUGUGCAAAGUCAAAAACCAUAUGGUGAAAACGGGAUGGAACCGUACGCACAUACAGUUCUGUACGGUUCCCAUUGACUCCUAUGUUAACAAAAAAAAAAGUAUACGGUUUAAGGCUGGGUUUUUCAAUCCGUUUUUCUAAAGAAAACCAUAUGGCAAAAAAACGGAUGGAACAGUAUGGAAAAAAGUAAA